AUAUGGCCGGAAGAACGUACGAUAACAGGUAUGGUGGGGAGCGGGCCCGUAAACCGUUACCGACGGAGCCGCCUUACUUGGCGUACGUCGGCAAUCUGCCUCAUGGAAUCGUGCAGGGCGACAUCAACGCAAUCUUUAAGGAUUACGCGGUGAAGAGCGUACGCCUGGUAAAGGACAAAGAAACGGACGUGUUCAAAGGAUUCUGCUACGUCGAGUUCGAUACGUUGCACGACUUGGAGAAGGUCCUGCAGCUGGAUGGUAUGAUUGUCCUAAACGAGCGCCCGGAACCGCUGCGGAUCGACAUUGCCGAACAAAAGAAAAACGAUCGUGGAGGAUUCAAUAAACGCGGCGGACAACAGAAUCGUGGCGGGCCCGGAGGUGGUGGUGGCGGCGGCGGUGGUGGCGGUAGCGGCGGCUAUAACCGUGGCGGCCCUCCGCCGAUGAACAACCGGCCGGGUAGCAUGGGCGCGGGUGGAGGGCCAGGUGUCCAAGAUCGAAACUACGGUAAUGAUAACUAUGGCAGAAACGAUUACGAUAGAAACCGCGGUGGACGAUCCAAUAAUUAUAACGCUGACCGAGGACCGAACCGAGGGAGGUAUGGAAACUUCGGCGAUGAACGCGAUGGAGGCGGUCGAGAUGAUUGGGGUCGCGAUGGCGACCGAGAUGGUCGCGGCGGUGGUGGUGGUGGUGGUGGUGGUAUGGGCGGUGGUCGAUACAACGAUCGAGACGGAUACGGAGGAGGCCGUAGCGGCGGCGGCGGCGGUAGUGGCUCCGGUAGCGGAGACGACAAUAGGUACGGCAACUAUGGCCGCAGUAAUCAGUAUCGUGACAACGAUCGGAGGAAAGACGGGCCGCCGCAGCAUUACACACCACCCUCCAAUCCGAACCUCAACAUGGAGGAACGACCCCGGCUCAAGCUGGCCCCGCGCUCGGUGAAUGCACCGCUGAACGCGCUGGCGGAAACGAAGCAGGCCGCGGCCAUCUUCGGCAAUGCGCGACCACGGGAAGAGAAGGUUGGCGCCGAAAGUUCGCGAAAGCAUGCCAAUAGUGUCGGCAGCGAGGGCAGCGGUACGGAAGGUGGUAGCGGUGCGGGUGGUAGUGGCGGUGGCGGCGGUGGCAGUGCCAGCAGUAACGCAUCCUCCGCUACUGCCGCCGACCAGUAGAAAUAAAGGGAAGCACGAAGGAAACGAAGCAUUAGAGAUCGUUUAGCAGAGGACGUAAAACAAGCAUAUAAACAGAAAUUAACGGAAGAGAAACAGCAAAGCUCCAAACACACACACACACACAUCAACAUACACAAAACAUCCUUAUGCAAUUGCUACGAUCCA